AUGGAUCUCGACGACAGCCAAGAUGACACCGCCGAUGCUACGAUCAUCACGGGUCUCAACAAUCCCUCGCUAGAAGUCACCAACGUGGACAUUCACGACCCUGGAAAUGUACAUGCACUGCCAUUCGAAACAGCCACAGACAUUCCUGAGGCGAAGGCGUUCCACCAUCGCAAAUGGGAUCGUCUCCGCAAACACUACCAGGACCAGUACCUCGAAAUCUUCAAGGAGACAUUUGAGACGGCAGAUGAAGACAGUCUCGGAGAAGAAUUGCCUCCAAGUCAGCUCGGCGCCGUUCUUUGGCGAACCGACGAAAAGACAAGGCUUUACGAUGCGCUUUGCCGCAAAGGCCGACAUGAAUUGAAGACUCUGUCGCUGUUGGUGGGCACAAAGUCCGAGGUCGAGAUCAAGGCGUACCUGGACCACCUGCGAGAACAGGAGGCCGACCGCCAACGCUUCGAGGCACAGCCGAAGAACAUCUCCCACGCCGACAUACCCGCUGCUGUUGAGAUCGGCUGCGAAUGUGAAGCUGUCCUCGACACGGCCGCAGCUGCUUUGUCAGCGUUUCAAGAACAGUACGACGCAACCGUGGGUCAAAAUGGCAAUAACCUAUGGUUCAUCGAUCACAACGUGGCAGCUGAGCUGGACAAGGAAGCUGAUGAAUUGGAAGCAUCUGGCAGCACCAGAGACGAAGAGUCUGACGAUGCCAUGGCACCGAUUUCUGAAAGAGCAGUCCAGGCGUUCCAUCUCUCAACGUUUCUCGUGCUGAGCGAGCGAUUUUUCAUGAACGGAGAUGCCAAAAGCUCGGAAUCGUGGCAAAAUCUAGCAGAAGAAGGUCAACGUCCAGCACUGGCAUUGGAUUCGGUAACUCUUUUCUAUGACUUGAUCGUCAACUUUGCACGUCGGUUGAUACAAGCAUCUCUUUUCAUUGCCAUGUCUCGCGUUCGUGCUGCUGCGUCCAGAGACUACCAACCCGGAGGACUUGUCAGAUCUGAUGACGUACUUGCAGCUCUCGAUGUGUUGGGCGUCAAGAGAGACUCCGAGUCAUUCUGGAUUGGGCUGGCGAGGAGGAACGGUUUGAGAGUUGUGGAUGACGCACAUCGGAAAGGAGUAGAUGGAAAGGCUGUCAUGUCGUACGAGAAGGUGGAAAAGAUGUUGUCAAGUCGCCCAAGGACGAGGUCUGGCUCGAGAAUGUCCACGGUAUCAACAAGGAGUCAAUCAACGUUGGAGGAAACCUCAGACAUGGAGCAUGUUGCGAACAACAAUAUUGUCGCCCGUGAUCCUGUUGUCCAUGACCAAUCUUCCGCAGACACUAGCUCCUCCGAUGCGGAUAGCGAGGGCUCAGAAGCAAACAGCCUUCGUGGAGAAGAUGAUGGCUCAUCCUCCGAGGAGCCUUCGACUUCGCGGAUGUCAAGGGAGAAGCGAAUACAGUUUCUCGAAGAAGACCAAGACGACUACCUGGAGAGAAUGGAUCGAGAAGCGCGGAGGCGGGAAGAGUCACGGCUGUUGUCCCUGCUCGGAACUCAAGAUAUUCAAGAGGAGAAGGAUUCAAAAGAAGAAGCAAUCGAAGAUUUAGGAGUUCGACCGCCGGUGCUGAGAAAGUCUGUUGAAGAUUGUAUGGGAUGGUCUGUCACAUACGAGGCUGAGUGGGAGCGAAAUGGGAGAAUGCUGCUUCCCGAGAGCCCGUCGCUCGCUGAGCCUGCGUCAAAGAGGAGGAGACUGGAGCCUGAGAGCGACGGUGGUUGGGAAGAGGCUCAGGCAUCUUUCCCACACAGCAACCAAAACUGA